ACUGCAGAACGUGCGCGCGUCUCCACGUCCAGCAUGGGCCGAGGGAGAGGAGCCGAGAACGGAGGCAAGAGGAAGAAGAAGGACAGGGAGCUGGACGAGCUGAAGAAGGAGGUGUCCUUGGAUGAACACAAAAUAUCUCUGGAUGAUCUGAGCCAACGCUACAGCGUGGACCUAACACGGGGGCUGACCAAUGCCAAGGCUGAGGAGGUGCUGGCUCGAGAUGGUCUCAAUGCCUUGACCCCGCCACCCACCACCCCAGAAUGGGUCAAAUUCUGCCGUCAGCUGUUCGGCGGUUUCUCCAUCCUGCUCUGGAUUGGCGCCGUCCUCUGUUUCCUGGCCUACAGCAUCCAGGUGUCCACAGAGGAUGAGCCAGUCAACGACAACCUGUACCUGGGCGUGGUGCUGGCCUCCGUGGUCAUCAUCACCGGCUGUUUCUCCUACUACCAGGAGGCCAAGAGUUCCCGCAUCAUGGACUCCUUCAAGAAAAUGGUGCCACAGCAAGCGUUGGUGAUCCGGGAGGGGGAGAAGAUGCAGAUCGAUGCCGAGCUGCUGGUGCUGGGAGACCUGGUGGAGAUCAAAGGAGGAGAUCGGGUCCCAGCUGACCUUCGAGUCAUCUCCUCCCACGGAUGUAAGGUGGACAACUCGUCUCUGACGGGAGAGUCGGAGCCACAGACACGCUCGCCGGAGUUGACCCACGACAACCCUCUGGAGACCCGCAACAUCUGUUUCUUCUCUACCAACUGUGUCGAGGGUACGGCUCACGGCAUCGUGAUAGCAACGGGUGACAGGACAGUUAUGGGUCGCAUCGCCACUCUGGCAUCUGGGCUGCAGAUGCGCCGCACGCCCAUCAGCGUAGAGAUUGAACAUUUCAUUCACAUCAUCACGGGCGUGGCUGUAUUUCUGGGCAUGACCUUCUUCAUCCUGGCACUUAUCCUGGGCUACACCUGGCUGGAGGCCGUCAUCUUCCUCAUUGGCAUCAUCGUGGCGAACGUGCCUGAAGGACUGCUAGCUACUGUCACGGUGUGUUUGACUCUCACCGCCAAGCGAAUGGCCAAGAAGAACUGCCUGGUGAAGAACCUGGAGGCUGUAGAGACUCUCGGCUCCACCUCCACCAUCUGCUCCGACAAGACAGGCACGCUGACCCAGAACCGCAUGACCGUGGCUCACAUGUGGUUCGACAACCAGAUCCACGAGGCCGACACCACUGAGGACCAAUCUGGUUGUGGUUUUGACAAGCACUCUGCUACGUGGGCCGCUCUGUCUCGUGUGGCCGGCCUGUGCAACAGAGCAGAUUUCAAAGUGGGCCAGGAGCACCUUCCCGUCCUCAUGAGGGAGAUGGCGGGGGAUGCGUCUGAGUCCGCUCUCUUCAAAUGCAUCGAGGUGUGCUGCGGCAGCGUUCGUGAGUUAAGAGCCAGAAACCCCAAAGUGGCAGAAAUCCCCUUCAACUCCACUAACAAGUACCAGCUCUCAAUCCAUGAGGCAGAGCACAAUCCCUCCGGUCAUAUUCUGGUCAUGAAGGGAGCCCCCGAGAGGAUCCUGGACAGGUGCAGCACCAUUAUGAUGAACGGCCAGGAGCAUCUGCUGGACCAUGACUGGAGAGAUUCAUUCCAAAAUGCCUACAUCGAGCUGGGAGGACUGGGAGAGAGAGUUCUUGGCUUCUGCCACCUGAAUCUGUCUUCGUCGCAGUUUCCCCGAGGAUUCACCUUCGACUGUGAGGACACGAACUUCCCCACUGAGCAGCUCUGCUUCCUGGGACUCAUCUCCAUGAUUGAUCCGCCGCGUGCCGCUGUGCCUGACGCAGUGGGUAAAUGCCGCUCUGCUGGCAUCAAGGUUAUCAUGAUAACUGGGGACCACCCGAUCACAGCCAAAGCCAUCGCUAUGGGUGUGGGCAUCAUCUCUGAGGGCAACGAGACAGUGGAGGACAUUGCUGAUAGACUGGACAUCCCUCUGAGCCAAGUUAACCCCAGGGAUGCCAAGGCCUGUGUGGUGCACGGGUCAGACCUGAAGGACAUGAGCUCUGAGUACCUGGAUGAUGUGCUGAAGUACCACACUGAGAUCGUGUUUGCUCGCACCUCACCUCAACAGAAGCUCAUCAUCGUGGAGGGCUGCCAGAGACAGGGAGCGAUCGUGGCUGUGACGGGCGACGGCGUGAACGACUCUCCAGCCCUGAAGAAAGCAGACAUCGGCGUUGCCAUGGGGAUCGCCGGCUCUGAUGUGUCCAAGCAGGCAGCUGACAUGAUUCUGUUGGAUGACAACUUCGCCUCCAUCGUCACCGGCGUGGAGGAGGGUCGUCUGAUCUUUGACAAUCUGAAGAAGUCCAUCGCAUACACGCUGACCAGCAACAUCCCAGAGAUCUCGCCGUUCCUCUUCUUCAUCAUCGCCAACGUUCCCCUGCCUCUGGGGACAGUCACCAUCCUGUGCAUCGACCUGGGCACCGACAUGGUUCCGGCCAUCUCACUGGCGUAUGAGACAGCAGAGAGCGACAUCAUGAAGCGCCAACCCAGGAACCCCAUCAUGGAUAAGCUGGUCAAUGAGCGGCUCAUCAGCAUGGCCUACGGCCAGAUCGGGAUGAUCCAGGCUUUGGGAGGUUUUUUCACCUACUUUGUGAUUUUGGCUGAAAACGGGUUUCUUCCUGGAAGGCUGGUGGGCAUCCGUAUCCCGUGGGACAGCCGCAAUGUCAACGACCUGGAAGACAGCUACGGACAGCAGUGGACAUAUGAGCAGAGGAAGAUUGUUGAGUUCACCUGUCACACCGCGUUCUUUGUCAGCAUCGUCAUUGUCCAGUGGGCGGAUCUUAUCAUCUGUAAGACCCGGAGGAACUCUCUCUUUCAGCAGGGCAUGACGAACGUCAUCCUGAUCUUCGGCCUGUUCGUUGAGACCACUCUGGCUGCCUUCCUGUCCUACUGUCCUGCAAUGGACGUCGCCUUGCGCAUGUACCCCCUGAAGAUCCUGUGGUGGUUCUGUGCGUUCCCGUACAGUUUCAUCAUCUUUGUUUAUGAUGAGGUCCGUAAAUUCAUUCUCAGGAGGAACCCUGGAGGUUGGGUGGAGCAGGAGACGUAUUAUUAGCGUUCAUAACGUGACACUGUGAAACGUGCGCCUGUGCACGAUGACUGAUUGUCAGCGUGCGCUCGUGAAGGAACAUCUGUGUCACGCUGCACGGAUCUCCUCACGAAUCUGAUUAUCAUAAAAAUACAGCUGGAAAUCUGCUUUUCAUUGGACACAGAGUUUUUGUUUUCUCAGGAAACAUCCACAGCGCAGGAACGGCGACAUGUACCUCA